AUGCCGAAGCGCACGACGCGCACGUACUCUAGCGAGGACGCGGAGCCGCAGGGAGAUACGCAGGAGCUGAUCGUGUACUACUGCAAGCAAUGCGGCGCACACGUGCUUAUAACAGACAGUCAGCUGGCAGAGCUGCCGCGGCGCAGGACGGAUGGGGCGAUGGUGAUGGAGCGAGCUAAGCAUCUCAUGCGACUCAAUGUCAUGGAGACUGGCAAGCAGCUGCUCAAGCGAGGGGAGGGCAAGGUGGAGAGGCAGUAUCGCAUGGGUUGUGGGGAGUGCGGGGUGAUGGUGGCUUAUCGGAGCGAGGAGAGCAUGGAGAGCACCAAAUUCGUCUACAUUCCUGCUGACGCUCUCACUGACGCCACUGCCGACACCAAGCCUAAGGAUGCGCCAGUACCCCCGUGCAUUCAGGAGCUGGACAGCGGGUUGGUGCAGGUGGCAAUAGAGGUGGAGGAUAGAGCUCAGCGUUCUGCUGUACUUCGCAUCAAUGCAGACGAUGUGCGAGUGGCAGUGACAGCAGCUGCGCACAGGGGCAAUGAGGCCAGUGCAGAGCUCAUGGAGUUUCUCGCCAAGACGCUGGGGCUACGUCUGGUGCAGCUGAGACUGCAGCGAGGGUGGUCGCACAAGUCCAAGAUGCUCAUGGUCGAAGAUCUAACAGCUAGACAGGUGUAUGAGAAGCUAUUAGCUGCUGCGCAACAAUAG